AUGUCGUUGGAUGUGUCGGUGCGGGAGCGCACACGGAACAUGAACCAGCUUAUGCGGAUACUGAUGGAUAUCAACCACUUGAACGGGGGUGAUUCUGGUGUGCUGGAGAAGUUGCGGCUGUCGGCGCGGAACUUCGAGAGUGCCAUAUAUGAGAAGAGCUCGACGAAGCAGGAGUACAUGGCGAGCAUGCGGGAGAAGAUCGAGGGCAUGCAGCAGACGCUGCAGCAGAAGAAGCACACGCCCGCUACGCCAUCACAACAAGUACCUCCGCCACAACAACAACAACAACAACAAGGAUCACAGCCGAGGAUUACACUGACUCCGCAGCAACAGCAGCUGCUGCUCUCGAAGAUGCAGCUUGCGGUUAUCCCGCAGCAGUUGCUCUCUAAGAUACCGAACCUGCCGGCGGGGGUCAGCACUUGGAAGGACGUCACUGAACUGGCGUCGAAAAACAUGCUCGACCAACGUACCAUGGAGAUAGUCAGAGGUGUGUACAAAGUGCACCAGCAGCUGCUUCUGAAAGCGUCGUUUGAGCAGCAGCGGAAAAGACAGCCACCUCAACAACAACAGCCACAACAGCCACAACAGCAGCAACAGCAACAGCAACAGCAGCAACAGCAACAGCAGCAACAGCAACAGCAGCAACAGUCCCCACAGAAUGUAACAAAUGGUAACCUUUUCCACAUCUUGCUGCGCUUAUUUCAGGACGAGUUUCUGUCGUCAAAGUACCAAGAGCAAUUAAGUAAGCUGUUCAAGAUGGAGGAGAUAAAACAUAUUAUACAGCAGGCAAUAGAAGUAGGGAAGAAGUAUGCAACACAGCGGUACCAGUUGGGACACAUGCUGACCAAUGAGGAAAGAGUUGUUUUCUUUAAAAAGUUUCUGAAUCACGUUAUCUUGAAGAAGAUGGAAGAGACCAAAGGAAGCAACAAGACCGACGCUACAAUGAUGAAUCUAACCGACAAUCACACUCAGAUGGGAACUGGGCAGGAGUCGACUGUACCUCAGCAGUUUAACACAGAUCAGGUGAUUUCAAAUAAUCAGAUGCCAGUGAAUAAUUUCAACAUGAACAUGAAUAAUAAUCAAAUGCCUCAACAACCGUUCCAGCAGCAGAUGCCUCAACUAACUCUACAGCAACAGCAAAACUUGUUCCAGCAGCAGUUACAACAACAACAACAACAACAGCAGCAGCAGCAGCAACAGCAGCAGCAAGCACAAAUUCAAGCUCAACAGCAACAACAACAGCAGCAGCAACAGCAACAGCAGCAACAACAACAACAACAGCAGCAGCAGCAGUUGCUAAUGCAAAAUCUUGCUGCAACUAAAUUGGAUAUCGAAGAGAUACGGAACAUCUCAAUGAAAGCAGCUAAAUUGCAGUUACAACUGACUGACUUGACCAACACUUUAACUAACGAGGAGAAAGAUGCCAUUAGGAGCAGAUUAAAGACAAAUCAAAAGUUGUUUGUUCAGGUUAGCAAUUUUGCACCACAGGUAUACAUGAUGACUAAAUCGAAGAACUUUCUAAAAGAAGUCUUUCAACUUAGAAUAUUUGUAAAGGAAAUACUUGAAAAAUGUGCUAAUGGAAUAUUUGUGGUGAAGCUGGAAACUGUUGACAAACUGAUAAUGAAAUAUCAAAGGUAUUGGGAUAGUAUGAGAGUGCAACUACUGCGGAGACAAUCUCAAACAAAACAACAAGAAAUACAGGGUGCUCUGCAGCAAAUGCAAAGAGUAGAGGCACAAAACAACAACAACAAUAACAAUUAUAAUAAUAAUAAUAAUAAUAAUAGCACUAACAACAAUACCAACAAUAACCCACAAAUGCCCAACCUCAAUAACUCUAACAUAAUUACAAACUUCUCAACUCCUUUCCAGGUACCUAUUGCUACACCAAAUAAUAUCACUAAUGCAGUCAAAAAGGAAUCGAGGAAACCGUCGGUCUCAGCAUCCAAUGCCUCCACUCCAGGAACGACUUCUGGUAAAGCCAAACCAAAAUCCAGGAGUAAUAGACAAAAUUCGAGGUCAAAUUCAAUAAAUGAAGUUUCAUCUGACUCAACCAAACAACCCCAGACAACUGAGGCUGUUUCAAAGGAGGAAGCGGCUAAGAUACAUGAAGCAAAUGUAAGAAAGAGUGAAAUUUUAUCUCGCUUUAAGCAUAGACAAAAGCUCUUUAUUACAUCUCCUGCUGAUCUGUUUUUGUCAACUCUUGGUGACUGUCUAGGUUUGAAAUGUGAAGAAAUUGAAACAAGCUACAAAAUUCCAAAAAACAUGGCAGAUUUUAUUAACGGUGUCAAGAUAAGCAAGACUGAACAAAGAAUUCGAACGCAAGAUACCGUUGUCACAUCUGUUGUGGAUAAUAAACUUCUGAUGCAGAGUAAAACUGGGGGUGACAAAAGAACGUAUGGUAUAGAUCCAGCCGCUCUUUCGGCUGUAUUCAAGGGGGUACAAGGUACAACUAAUAUGAAUACACUACAAUUAUUCAGUUCUUCUUCUUUAUCUCCCGUUACUGAGGAAAAUGCAUGA